UCUUGUGUAUUGCUCUGUUUCUCUUUUAUACCGUUAAAUUGGCGCAAACGAAGAUUUGACAAAACCGGCACUUUAUCACAGCUUCUCCAAUAGUCUCUCACUCUCUCAUUAUCUAGCAAAGCUCAAAAGCCGAAAUAUAUUUUACUUAGAGUUGUCAUAUGCAUAAGUUAAAGAAUUUACUUAACCAGUGAUAGAUACUUUGUUCUUAUGUUCUGUUGUUAAGGAACAACAUGUCCCACUUUUUGUUCUUAUUAAAUUCAUUUCAACCAUUAAGCUUAGAGAAUAGGCCAGAGAGCCAACCACUUAAUCAUCAAAGAUUCACAGAAACGGUGCAAGUUAAGUCAUGGGGGCAAGUCUUAUCUCACAAACACUGAGAAGACAACCCCAUGUGAAUUGCAUACGGAGAGUACUAUCCAAGUGGACUGAUUGCAUAAAUGAUUUAUUUCCAGAUGCUAAAGACAGAACCAUGUGAUACUCUUUGUUCUAGUCUGUCCCAACGCUUCAAAGACCACAAGUUUCAAAGACUUUUCAUGACAUUAUAUUCACUGGUCUUUCUAUAUAUACACCUGAUUCAUUCUUUCUAUCAUCAACCAACAACAAAGCAAUCCAAUAGCUUUAAUAUUUUCAUACAUCUCUUCAAAAGAAUUCAAACUUUCAGAAAACACAAAAUAGAAAUGGCUUUGGUGAGAAGUCUAUUGGGUGCAAAGAAGAUUCUUGGCCGAUCCGUCACAGCAGCUUCCACGAGCAAAAGAGCAGCCUCGGCAGCACCUAAAGGGUUUCUUGCGGUAUACGUAGGAGAGAGCCAGAAGAAGAGAUAUGUGGUGCCAAUCUCAUAUUUGACCCAGCCUUCAUUUCAAGCACUUCUAAGUAAAUCUGAGGAAGAGUUUGGGUUUGAUCACCCGAUGGGUGGCUUAACGAUCCCUUGUCCCGAAGAUAUCUUCAUCAACGUAACAUCAAGGCUCCAAUGAUGACUAUCCAAAUUUUUUCUUCUUCUUGAGUUAGCAAUUUGUCUCCAUUGAGUUAGCAAUAGACUUAUUCAUUGUAAAUCAUUGUAUAUUAUAGGACAUUUUUUUUCUCAUCUUCCUCCUUUUUGAAAGAAUUGUUGAGACUUGAGAGAAUGAAUACCAUUUCUUAUGAGUUAUGA